AUAUCCAUGUGGCAUCAGUUGCAUUGCCUGAGACAUAUGAGAACUUAUAUGUUCACGAUGCAAGCUUCUUUCAAUCGAACCAAUGCGCAGCAAGUGUUUGAUGUCUUGCUUGCGCCGCAAGCAGAUCACAUCUUACACUGCUUUGACUAUCUCCGACAGGCCAUCAUGUGCGCGGGUGAUAUGACACUCGAAUGGCCGAGAACGGAGGCGGAUGGCAGGAGGUUUGCGGUCAAUGGUUGGGGAAUACAGCACAAGUGUCGGGACUGGGAUACGAUGGCAGACUAUGUCGAACAGCACGCUGUUGGUAGACACCACGAAAAGAUGGCCAGAUGA